ACAGCGUGGCGUUCCAAUCAAUCCAAGGAGAAAACUCCGUCGACCUCGACGGCGAUGCCGACGGUGGUAAUCUUCGACCCGGCAUCUAAGCGGCGGCGGCGCUCCAAGAUCUACGGCGUCCGUACGUUCAUGGACCCCGGAUGCCCUACGGACUUCGCCGGUGCUUUUAGAGACAACGUGAGGAGGUUUGUCAGGGAGUGCGCUGACGUGGAGGAGAGGGCAGCGCUGGGGAUGCCGACGUGGAGCACGAUGCUCGUCGACGAGAAGUCCGGCGCCGUCGUGCCGUUGUAUACGGUGGAGGAGUGCGUCCGACGAUCUCCACCGACGUUCUGCGAUCACUGUCGACGCAACGAAUGGUUGUGCAUUAGGAUGGAGCCACCAUUUUGUAUCGAAGAGAAAAUACCACAUAAUUUAAUUCCCGCCGACGAUGAAUGCGACAAAGCCCCUCAACUCCGACUCCUUCCACCUCCACAACAACCUCCUCCACGCCUCGUCCACUGCAAUGGAUUCGGCCACCUCCUCCUCAUCAACGGCCGCGAGGGUGGCUCCCACUUCCUCUCCGGCCGCACCCUCAUGACCUCUGGGACCGCCUCUGCACCUCUCUCCGCAUCAGGUAACACUCUAAAAUUCCCCUCGAUACUAAAACCCAGUUGUGCUAGCUCUACUAACCGAGUUCUUGAUGUCCCAGGGAGGUGACGCGUUGAGGAUGUGUCUCGAAAGUACUCGGCGACCUCCGUCUCCUCUUCGGCAUGGCCUACGGAGUCCCCUGGUUUGCCCGCUGGGGGCUACCGCCUCCACUCCGGCCAGCUUCAAGCCUCCCGAUUUAUCCUACGCGGACGCCAUCGACCACCUCUCGUUUCUCCCUCUCGACUCCCUGCUCGCUGAG